AUGAAAAUUUCAAUAGCUUUUGUUGUUUUGAUAACAGCAUUAUUAGCUAUAUAUACAAAUGCACAAACUCCAGUGCCUGUUGUCAGCUAUAACGCAAUUGAUUGGAAUAGUAUGACAGCUAAAUAUCUGACAGAUGACAUCUUGUUGGUGUGGGAUACAGACGGUUAUGUUUAUAGAUCUGCCGAUGGUGGUUCAAAUUUCGUCAAAAUAGAGACAGACAACGUCUUACAAAAACAUAAAACAAUCCUUGUAGAUCCAGUUUAUUCUUCAAAUGUUUUAUUACAUUCAGCAUCAACUGGUAGUGGUAAUACUACUUUAUAUAUCUCUGGUGAUUAUGCUGCUACUUUUACAACUGUUGUUGUUCCAGAUAUUACUUUCAAGAGUUUCGUUACUCACCACUGGAAGAGUGGAUAUCUCUUGGGUUUGGCGGGUGUCAGUGCCUACUACUCGACCGAUUUCGGUUUGACAUGGCAACAGGUUUUCAAGCAAUCGAUCGUUCAAGACAUCGUUUUCGAUCCACACAGAGAUGCCGUCAAUCCAAGCGGUCUCUUUGCCAAGCUGUUGUUGGUCGACAAGUCGUCGUUGGUCUUCUCGUCGGAUCUCGGUGAGUCAUACACCAGUCUCCUACCGGAGGUCAACACUCUCGAGGUUCGUAAAGGUUACUUUGUUGUCUAUGGCAACGGAUUCAACUUGUGGACACGUUCCAACUACCAGCCAUACAAUAACAACGUGAUGGGAUUCAACAAGGUCGAGUUUGAUCUCGAUCCAGGCACCGUUCCAGCCUACUACACCUUCCUCGAUGACUCUACCAGUGCCAUCUGGAUGGGUUUGGUCAUGAACAAAAACGACAAGACCGGUUCCAUCUACAUCUCUGACAGCACCGGUAGUCAGUUCACUCUGUCGCUCGAGAAUGUCAACUACGACAAUGGAGUCUACGACUUUGCUCCACAGUACGGUAUCCCGGGUAUCUACUUCUCCAACAUCCUCACCAACCCAGAUGCCGGAGCCGGUAAGCCAUUGCUAACUCAAUCAAAGAUCACCUACCAAAACGGUGGUAGCUGGAGCAACUUCAAACUGCCACCAGGUCAACCAUGUCCAGCCUGUACCUACAACUUUUAUGGUACCUCUGUAUUCUAUGAUCCCAGUCGUCAAUGGGGUAUCUACUACAGUCACGAAUCCGUUCCAGGUUUAGUACUUGGAAAUGGAAACAAUUUGAAAACACUCUCCAACAAGCCAGAUAUCGCCAAUAUUCAAACUAGAAUUUCAAGAGAUUCCGGUUUAACUUGGAACGUACUUUACGAUGCUCCAUCCAUUUAUGAAUUUGGUAAUUAUGGUUCAAUUAUCUUGUUGGCCCAGGCAUUGGAUAAUGUAUAUACACUUUAUUAUUCAUUUGACCAAGGUACUACUCUUCAAUCUUUUGAUUUCUCAGUAAAGUCUGUCGAUGUCAAGAAUAUUAUCACUGACCCAGAUGCAUCUGGUCAAAAAUUCUUGGUUUUCACAGUUGACUCUACCGGUAUUUCAGGUAUUUUCACAAUUGACUUUUCUCAGAUGGGACGUAGAGUAUGUGAUACCAGCGACAUUGAAACAUAUACCACUCCAGUGGUAUUGGGUGGAACCAGAAUCUACAGUCGUUUGGCCAAGCUCUCCAAUUGCACUCAAACUUCACCAUUGCCAGGAAACGAUGUCGAUGAGAGUGAAUGUACAGCCGAAGACUACGAGUGUGACAUUGGAUACACCGAAAUGAACGACCCAGCUAACCCAUUGGUUUGCGGUAUCUCGCAGAACUAUGUUAAGCCAACCUACCCACCUGCCAUCUGUCCACCAGGAACCAAGUACCCAAUUACCUCUGGUUACAGAAAGAUUGCCGAUGACAUUUGUAUCGGUGGUGUCUCCAACCAGUACGAACCGGAAAUGAAGGACUGUCCAGACCCAUCGGCCACCAAAUCGAGAGGUUGGGUUGCAGCUGUCGUCAUUCUUGUUAUUCUUGCAGUAAUCAUCUCUGGAGGUGCCUACUAUUUGUAUAAGAAUCCAGAUGCACGUGAGAAGAUCUUGGCUAAAUUCGGUGUUUCCAAGGAUAAAGUUAAAUAUAGUUCACUUGGUUUCAAGCCAAAUUCAUUGGCAGACGAUGAAUUCGGUAUUGAAGACGACGAUGAUGCUCAAAUUUUGGAUGAUAACGAUUUUUAA